CGUUGCAUUUCGUGGCUGUAUUUAAAAUAUGCGAACAUUGUGAUCAAUACAACGUAUUCAGGUCAGGUCUGGUAUUAACAACAUUAACUGCGUAACACCUGGGAUGUUUUCUUGAAGCGCAUGCAGUGACACUUAUUUACUUUACUUAAGGUCGUGUCCUAGAUUUACACUCGGAUAUACAACAUAGCGUCUUGACCUGAUGCUCGGCGUGUUGGUAUAAAUAUCGUGUUGGUUGUAUUACGGUUGAUAACGCUGUUUGUAUUCUGGCCACAUAUCUGUCGGAUGCACUGCCAAUAUGGAGGACGGUGGAAGUAGAACUACUGACGGUGUAGGUUAUCAAUUCGAAGAUAACUUCAAGGUGACAAAAGAAAUUAAAGAAGACUUCUCCAAGGAGGGAUUUAUAAUCAUAAGGAAACUGUUGGAUUCUGAAGAAGUCACUAAGCUGAGGAACGCGCUGGAAAACGACCAAGGUCUGAAGGAGAAUAAUUAUGCCAGAGAUGACGGCGAGGGGCGGAGGACAAAGGUCACACUGUGGAAUCAUCCCGGAAAUGACGUCACUGGAAUUAUUUCUAGGAGUGAAAAAGUGGCGGGAACUAUGGAAGAGCUGCUGGGAGGGGAGGUGUACCACUACCACGCCAAGGUAAUCAUGAAGGAACCUUUCACUGGAGGGGCACACAUCUGGCACCAAGACUACGGAUAUUGGUAUGAGAACGGCUGUCUGUUUCCGGACAUGGGCACUGUGUGGGUGGCUAUAGACAGAGCUGACAUGUCUAACGGCUGUCUGAAGAUCUUGCCGCGCUCGCACCUGGCAGGUAGGAUAAAUCACGUGCCAAUAGGAGACCAAGUCGGGGCAGAUUUAAAAAGAGUGGAAGAGCUGUCCAAAGUCUUGCCGCUGACCUAUGUCCAGCUUGACCCCGGAGACGCCCUUUUCUUUCACUCCAACAUUUUGCAUAGAAGUGACCAAAACAACAGCCCAAACAGACGCUGGGCGUUUCUUGUGUCUUUCAACCGCGCCUCUAACAACCCUGUGUAUGAUCAUCAUCAUCCAAAAUACACACCGCUGAAGAAGGUCCCGAACAGUGCCAUCAAGUCGUGUGACAUCAAGACGACAACUGACGGGAAAGAUUUCUUCCACGGACCCAAGGAUGACUUCUCGCUGAAGCAAGUCAAAAAAGCAAAAUUGGAGGCCUGAAAACACGGCGGAAAUCCAUCAGAUUUCUUGUAGAUAGCUUGAAGUUUAAAUUAGUAUUUUGCAAAUAAAAAACAAUCCGUUUUGGUUCACUGGCACAAGUCAAAGAACAAUACUGGCGGCAAGUAAUAAAACACACUUAAAAUGCAAAUUAUUUUUCGAGGGUGGCUGAAUUUUUGACUAAUUUUUUUGACAAAGCUGUUUUAACAGAUAUGGUAUCGGCAUAUGCAUCUUCUGGUACAUUACAUCUUGCCUGUUAUGAAUUAUUUUUCAAUAGCUUUAGACUAUUACGUUUAGAACAGAGAAGGCGGAAUGGAGUCCGUCUUAGGUAAAAAAAGUUUUCUUUUAUUUUCUCGUACACGUGUACAGUAUGUAUCCAUAGCAUUCAAGUUGAUGCUCACAACUCACACUGCUGAAAGGUAUAUCCCAGAGCUUUCUGUCUCAACCUGCAUGCUGUAUAGACCGGAGUUCUCUGUUCAAUUUAGUUGAUGAUGCAAUUCUAAGGCGGGAACUGGACAAGAUCCACCCCUAUCUGUUGUCUCAUGUAUAUACUAGAAACUAUAGCAACAUUUCUAUUUGAAAAAAAAAA